AUGGCCUGCACCAGCACGGCCGGCCGAGAUGACGACGACAAACACACAACUCCACCUGGUGCAGCGCACACGUCGCGUACUCCACUGAACCGGGUCUAUAUCAUCACCUCGCACCUGGCAAGUCCCAUCUCACCACGGUUCACUGCUAUAAUGGCUUCCGAGGACUCUGCCGCGCCCGUCGUCGUGGACGACUGCCGGGGCGUGCUGUUGGUGUACAGCGACGGGGCCGUGGUGCGCAGGGAUGGGCCGAGCUUCGCCACGCCGGUGCGGGACGACGGCACCGUGGAGUGGAAGGACGCCGAGUUCGACGCGCCCCGCGGGCUGGGACUCCGGCUCUACAGGCCGCGCCAGCGGAACCAGCUCCUACCGGCCGCCGACUUUACUCGGGUGUUUAUCUCUGGUGACUCCGCGGGAGGCACCAUUGCCCACCACCUGGCCGUGCGUUUCGGCUCCGCGGCCGGGCGCUCUGAGCUGGGCAACGUACGCGUCAGGGGCUACGUCCAACUCAUGCCCUUCUUCGGCGGCACGGAACGGACGAGGUCCGAGGCGGAGUGCCCCGACGACGCGUUCCUCAACCGCCCGCUCAACGACCGCUACUGGCGCCUCUCGCUGCCUCCCGGCGCCACGGUCGACCACCCGGCCUCCAACCCGUUCGGGCCGGACAGCCCGGCGCUGGAGGCGGUGGAGCUGGCCCCGACGCUGGUGGUGGUCGGAGGCCGCGACAUCCUCCGUGACAGGGCCGUGGACUACGCCGCGAGGCUGCGGGCGAUGGGGAAGCCGGUGGGGGUGAGGGAGUUCGAGGGGCAGCAGCACGGCUUCUUCACCAUCGACCCAUGGUCCGCCGCGUCUGCGGAGCUCAUGCGCGCGCUCAAGCGCUUCAUCGACACCGACGGGCGCUUCGACUAG